AUGAAGGGCGCUGCGCAGAAGACAAAGGCAAGUUACAGUUUACAAAUAAAAAGAAUCCUAUUGUUUAUAGAGCUGCUGUGGCUGGUGUUAUUUAAACAGCAAUGUCUAUAUUUAAAUAAAGAAACCAAUGUAGACUGUUAUGGGAGACAAUGGUUAUUUCCUGGGAUAAUGGCAUAUUGUAGUGGAGAUGUUGCUAGUAGUGCCAAUCCUAGUAAAGAAGAAAAGUCUAAAAUAAAAAGUAAAUAUAGGACUUUAAAAUCCAUAGUGCGGGAUUAUACAAUUACACUAAUAGAUAACACAAAGCAGCAGGCGCCGAUGCAUACAUCGGCUGCAGAUUUUAUGGAGAACAAAACAUGGAUAGAUAAUGUGCCUUACAUAGAACAGAAUAGGAAUUCAAUAUAUACAUUAUGCAUUAAUGGAAACCAUACUGAGAUAGAAUAUUAUGCAAAAAAUCUUAUGUUAUGGAUCGACUCAAUAGGUGUCCGGUUUGAUAAGCUGCAAUUCAAUUCAUCAAAAAUGCCUAAAGUUCCGAGUGUUAUGCUGAAGCAUUUUUCACUCAAGUGGAUUGAAUUUAAAGAUUGCGAGAUAGGUACUGCUACAUUAGAAGCAUUUAACUAUGCUCCAAAUGUAAGAGAUGUACUUGUCAUAGGAACAUCAAAAAUAGUCAAGUCUAAUGACGGAAUAGAUAGCACUAAAAAAAAGAUACUGUACUUGCAGUCCCUAAAAUUUAAGCAUUUACUACGAGACAAUACCCUAAUAACCGAUGUUUUUGGUCUGUUUACAUUCGAGAAUUUGAAAUCUGUUUCAUUUGAUGGGACUUAUCUGAGCAGCUUUGACUUUUUGCACGGUAUAAACAAAAGCUCGCUGACUGAGCUGAAUAUAAAUGAUGAAAUCAUAGAAAAAAUCAACAUUAAUCUAAUAUACAAAUUCAAGAACCUAGCUAAAAUGGUAAUACAGACUGAUAAACAAGAGCACUAUAAUAUAGAUAGAAUAAAUAGUAACAAUACGCUGGACAAAUUGUGUAAUAUUGAAUUGCACUACAGCAUAUACAGGCACCUGAAAAAAGAAACUAUUGGUUUGUCUGCACCUAAAAUAAAAAGCUGUGUGCGGAUAGGAUUUCCAACUUAUCAUGGAACAUCUAACUAUGCUAUAGUUAAGUCAGAAUAUGAUCCAGAACAAUCAACAAUAAAUACGUGGGUGCCAUGUGAAAUAUACCGUACAUCAAGCUUUUCAGACUUCAAGUAUCCAUACACAGAUGUAAAGGCCAACAUGUUCAAUAUAUUUCUAGUAUCGUGUGAAAAUGAAGGAACCAAGUAUUACAUAAAAGCAAUGUAUGAUUUGAUAUUUCAGUAUAGAAAAGCAAUGUGUGAAUAUGUUAUGAUCCAUAUAUACAACAGAGGAAAAUCCCAGUUUAAUGAAAGAAGCUUCUUUUCUUUUUUGGGAUCAAUUGAAACAGAAUCAAAAAGAUUUUUUAUAGUUCAAGAGGGUGAAAAAAGAAGUUUAGAGAAUCUUAAUAAUAUAUCUGUAUAUAAGUGUGCUCUAGAUGAGAAGAAAAAAGGAAAUUCUGCCAUUAUUAUAAUGAGAAAUCCAAUAACUUAUAAAGAUCCUGAAAGAAUUUGUGAUCAGCUAGGUAUAAUAGAGCAAAUAGUAUCUAAUCCAAGCUAUAAACAGAAAUAUAUUUAUAGCUUAAUUGGUAAAAACCAACCUCCAGACAUACAAAUAGAUAUAACAAAAUAUUAUAAUGAUAACAAAGUAUACUAUAAAAAAUUAUUCUCCAAACUAAAAAGUAAAUUAUAAAAUAAUUAUAAUUUCAGACUCAAGGACUAUAAAAAUAAGUGUAAAAUGAAAAAUUCCAAUUUUUAAUAUAUUCCAGCUAUGCCAUAAAAAUACAGAAUAUUACUUACAUACAACCAAACUGUAUUUAUUAGCAGAUGCCUGCCAAUAAUAUAUAAUAAAAA